CUUCAAUAUCAAACAAUCAAACACUACGCUCUCAACAACUUAUCAAGAACACAAUCAAUCACUCAAACGAUUUGCUAGUCUUAUUUUAAAACAAUAAAAAAUUCAUCAAGCCACUUAUUUUAUCUUUUAAAGAACAGAACACACAAGACACUCAAGAAUUCAAAAAGAAACACUUCGAUUCUUUUAAUUCACUUUCUUAACUCGAUCACAAAAAAAAGAAAAAUUCACUGAUUCACACCCCCCACACGAAUCCCCUUCAUAUGCUCAAGAAGUCCUCCCUUUUAUACCCUCAUCGUACUCCCAAAACCUCGCAUCAGCCAAGUCCUCCUUCCCCAUCUUUCUUCAACCUUUACUCCGAUCGCAACCGGAUUCCCGUUCGAUUCUCAUUUAGGUUUCUAUUCACCGGUUCUAUAUACCACAAUUUCUCCCAUCUGCUCGAUCUGUGAUGGUGGACAUCCCAUCCAGCUUGUCUCCACCUCUACUUCAACCUUUCCCUCCAAUCUCGAUCCCAUCUUCGAAUUCGAGUCUUCUUCCUGCUCAAUCACUUGCUGACCUUCUCGAUUUCUCCACCUCCAGCUCCCCAAUCGAUCGAACCCAUACUUUCAUAAAUCUGAAUCAAUUUGCCCCAUCAAACCCUGCUUCAUCAAAACCCACAUCCGAUAAAUCUUCUUCCGGAACUCUUUUCGUGGUUUCUCAAGACAAUUUUACCUUGCUCCUACUCCACUCUUCAACUCCCAUACUCAAUCUUAAAUCUUAAUCUCUAUAUCUCUUCCUCGAUUUUGACUUCUAACCUUUAACUGUACCCCUCGAUCAUCCUCCAGCCCACAAGAUUCGAUUUUGACUUGACUUGCUUUCACCUCAGCUUUCUCACCACCACCCUCAUUCACUUCUCUUCAUCUUGACCAUAUUCCAAUCACAACUUUGAUUUAAAUUUCUUAUUUAGGUUAUUUAAUUUUUCUAUCAAUUUUUACUCAAAUUCAAAUGUAUCAAACUUUCUUUGUUUAAUGUAAUAUCUUUCAACUUCAUUCAUUUAAUGUGAUCAUAAUAUGCAACUCAAUAUAUGAAUUGAACC